AUGUCACAGAUCACAGUUGAGCGCAAUGUCAAGCGUUCCAACCUCUUGCUUCUCCCCCCCCCCCCCGAGCUACGAGAGAAGAUUUGGAACCAGCUAUCACGCCAAUCUCUUGUCGAUGCGAGCAAAACGUGCAACGAAAUUCGUGAAGACUGCGCCAAGCAGCUAUGCGAGCAAGUCGGUAGAGGAUACACCCGGGGGGGGCUCGCGUACUAUCACAAGUUCCGCAAGUCGACAAGGACGCUCUACCUCGAGCGUAAGGUGAUGAACUCUCCGAAAGCGUUGGCACUGGUCUUCAGCAUGUACAGGGAUGUGAAGCUGCGCCAUGUGCUCGUUCUGGACAACAGCAUGUGGUCAACAGAGGCAUGCAAACCCCUGAAAGAUUUCCUUGGGGCUCAAGAUGAACUUCAGACCGCUUGCGUACCAGUCGUCGGGUCCGCUAAUGUACCAGCUGUACUAAACUCCAUCAUCAGCAUUAGUAUAUCGGACGACAAACAAAAGCGGAAUCUUUCAAUCGUCCUCAACAGAUCGAGUGAUUUGGAUAUCGUCAAACGUCUAAUAGAGGGACCAGGAAGGGAAGUAACAGAUAUAACCUUGUUCGGCAAUCAACUUCAGGGUGCUACCAUCGAAAGCUGGGCGGCUACACUUCAACAUCAGGGCCUCGUCUCACCCUGCAAUGUAUUGAAGCUCUGGUUACAUUUUUGUGAUUUGAGCGGUUUAUCUCGCCAUCUCGACAGAGAUGUCGUUGAGUCGAUAGGAGUGUUCAAUUGUGCGUAUAACGCGCCCUCCGCGGAGGCUAUGAACGAAUUCCUGUCCGAUCUUUUGGAUCAUAAGGAUGCAUCAAAGAGCACUAAACUCAAGGAGUUCGUUCACACGAACUUCAUCGAGAACCGGGAUGCUGAUCAAGCAUAUGGAAUCACCGAUGCUGUUCUGUGGAAGCUCGCCCAAACCGUAACAGAUGUAGUUGCCUUCACAGUGCAGAAGAACACUUCGUCAUACCUGGAGCUGACCCAAGUAAUCGACAGGUGGAGUGAGACUUUGCGAGUCCUUGCGUGGAAUAUGAAGGGCAAGCCGCUGGGCUUCGACACGAUCCGACGACUAGGUAUAACAACGCCCAAGCUGGAAGCUCUCGGUCUUGCAUCACAUCUAUCAGAAGCCAUCAUGGCAUCCACAUUCUAUGACGAAACCACGAGAGCAAAGGUUCAUAACAUUACGAAGGAAUUAGGGGAAGCCAUUAUGGAUGGAGGCGGUCUCAAGCACUUGCACACGCUGCUGUUCUUCUUUCCUGAGCUACCGAUGAACCACAGCUUCCUUUCUACCUUGCUCGAGACUUUGACGGAUGUUGUGACUAUACUCAAGACUUAUGAGAUGUUACACGUAACCAUCCGCAAUGCCGCUUAUCCUUACGGAGUCUACAGCUCCCACACCAUGCGGAUUCCUCAAACAUUUUCUUGGCGCAUCAGCUCAGGCCCCUCGCUAUUCUUUAUUGAAGAAGCGAAACUCUUGCCGCAAGAACAUAAGGUCAUGUUUCAGCUUGGUGGGUGUUCGGAGACGCGCGUUCACCAGGCACAAGCCCGUCUUGAAGGCCCCGAAAAGCCGCAAAGAGAACCUCAGAAAGAGCUCCGCAAGAUCUCAAAUGAAAACGUGAAGCGGAGACUGGAGGAAGAGUUGGAUGAGAAGCGAGAGCGCAAGUGUGUUAGAGAUGGAAACAAGAAGAAUCAAGAUGGAAGUAAGCAUGGGAGAAGACCGGGUCGUAAGUGA